AUGGGCCAUGGAGUUAAAAACAGAACCAGGGAAUGUACGAAUCCCAGUCCUUGUGGGGUUUUAGCCAGUUACUGCCCAGGAAGUAAUACAUCUGAUGCCGAAUGUGAAGAGUUCCCACCAUGUUUAGAGGGAUCAGUUUUUGGAGGGAAUUACAUGACAAAAGAUGAUCCUUUAGUACUGUAUUCGUCAGCCAAUAUAGAGAUUCUGCCAAAAACACAAAUAACGUGUGUUUUGCCAAACCUUUACAAAAACUGGACUUUGUACUUGUGCGAUGAACACUCUGAAAACGAGACUCUGACCUAUAUGGCAGAAGCAUCACUCUUUCAGAUACGCCCGGGGGCGUUCCCGUUUGGCCUGUAUAGACUUUUUGUAAGAAUUGAGUAUUACCCAGGGUCGUAUGAGUUUGUGGAGGGAUACAUGUACUUCAAAUUGCAGUUGCCUCCCCCUAACGUCAUCAUUCAGGGUGGGUCGGGGAGAAUGUCGGGUCCCGGGAAAACCACGCUUGAUGCCUGGAGUGGAUCUUAUGAUCUUACAAAGGGACCCGGUUACAGGGAUGGUCUGAAGUUUUCGUGGAGUUGUCUGGAAUUUCCGACGGAUUCCUUAGAAAUGUUGAUGACAUUUGUUAUUCCCGAAUCUUUCACAUUCUUAGCUAAUGUAACAGUAUCGUGGGAUUAUAUACAAAGCCUAGCUGUAAUGUCUGAGACAUAUCUUAACCUUGCCAGUCAGACAAAUAUUAUGUAUUUUAAUAACACUUACAGAUAUUUAAACUUAACAAAUAUUACCAAUCCCCAAAGCUGUGAAGAUUAUUCAGCAUUUACAAGGAAGAAAAACAGAAUUCCCAAUCCGUGUUUCCUCGACAAUGUGAUGAGCGCCGAACUUUAUUACUUGCUUCAAGAUUUUACCAGCAAUAACUAUAUUCAAGAAAUAUUAGCCCAUAGAGAAGUUGCACAAAGAGGCUAUACAGAUAUAAAGAAUGGUUUACCAUUGCUUAAACUGGAGCCAAACAUUACAAACCAGGAAACAGAUAUGAUAGAGACAGAAUUCUUGCCAAGUAUGAAAUCUCUGAUCAGACAUUUACGAAUUAUGACGGAUGUUUUGACAGAAUUAAAUCGGUUAAUGUAUGGAUUUCCCAAGGAGAAUUUUACCAUCUCGACACUUCGUGAUUUCGACAAACAUCUCGUGGAUCUGACAACUGAGGCAGAAAUAAUUUCAAGUUUUAAUAUCUCAGAUAUGAUGGCAUGGGAAGCUGAAGCCUGGAACCUUGUGAUUAAGCUGUUUGAAAACAGUCAGUGUACGUCUUUCUCGGAGACUACCACAGGCUUUGCGGAAGUGGUCACUGAUCCGAAUCAUCAGACCAAAGCUGUAGGGUAUAUCGUCUCCGUCAAAGUAACUAUCCUGGACGCUGAAAACAUUUAUCAACAAAGAAUCCAGAUCGUAUUUCCGAAUUCUAGCUCUAUUACUUAUUCCAGCGAUACAUUUCCUGAUAUAAACAUAGAAUGCUUGUUGAAUUGUAAACCUAAAGUGGCCACAUCUCUAGUAAUGUCCUUACGAGCAGAGUGUAUAACAUGUUCUGCCAGCGAUCUAGCGAAGAUUGUCUAUAGCUGGAAGUUAAUGGAAUUCGACCCAACAACAAGAACAACCAGCAAAAUAAACGACUGGGAAGACUGGUUAGAAACAGAUCCAUCAGAACAGAAAUUCUUCGUCAAAGCCAAUUCGUUCCGUCGUUUGUCGUAUUACAUGCUGACAUUGAGGAUGAACAUAUCAGACGACAGGUGGGCAGAAAUACGGAUGAUUCUGGAGACGACGGAACCUCCGUAUGACGGAUACUGUAGAAUAGAUACGACCAAAGAUGGUAAGCAAUUAGUGGUCAUUAAUGCAUGGAAAGAUGAAGGGUUUAGAAAGCAGAAAAAUAAAGAAAUAGACUGGAAGGAACAGAUCAGUUUUCGGUUAUUCCAGGAAGAUUCCCAAACCCAGGAGAAGACGCUCCUAUACCAAGGCAAUGAAAGGUACAUAGAGGGCAUUUAUUUCAACUAUGGACACGAAGAAGAUAAUUGGUUAAUAAAUACAUAUGCGGAGGUACUAGAUGUCUUUGAUGAUUUUACAACUUGUACUUUUCAUCCUAUCGCGGUCUAUUCCCCAAUGAUGGCCAUGAGCGUGGAAGACUAUCUACAAAAUUCACAGGCACUGAUAGAAACUGCAAUUGAACAAGAGGAUGUGGGUCUGGUUUCCAUGGCAGUAGAAACAACUAUCAGUACCACGAAUCGGGAGUCUCUUCCACCGCCGAGUUUGAUCGACACGCUGGUGGAAGACCCGGGAUCGUGGAGUAGUGUGGGUGACAACACCACAUUUGAAAACCUCUUUCAAGAACUAACCUACGUCCCAGAAGAUGUUAACUCUACCCUCGAGUUACUCACAGAGGGAAUGAAGAAUAUGACAAACCUUCUUUCAACGUCUACAAGUUCACUAAGAAUAGACACCACGGUUCGACAAAGACAAAUGGCAUUUUCCUCGGGAUCUGCUAUGGAGAAGAAGCAACUGGUCACCAAAGAAGUUAUGGCCACAGCGCUGAAUGCAACGAAUGACGUAAUUGGUAACUUCAUCAACACAUCCAAAGAAGCUAUGUUUCCUGUAUAUGAAGAUUAUCUAUCUACAUCAGAAGCUAUCCUACGAUCAGUGGAUAAUCUUCUGAAUGUUUUGAUUCCAAAACUAAGUCCAGACAUUCCAGAUACGGGUGACAUUGACGAAAUAGCAAAAGAGUACGCCGCUUCAGAUCUCAUUAACAGUUACGAUGGAACCGGGUUUUCACCACAAGAGAGAGCUCUCUUUACUUCAAUGUCUGUGGCAUCAUACAGGGAGAAAUUAAACUCCUCAGUCGAUAUGGCGAGUAGAACUGUCCCAAGCAUGCAGAACUCCAUUGUCGAGCUUGGAACUGUACUGAAGGAGAUAACUCAUAGGAAACAGUUUGAAGUUGAAGUCACUCGACCAGGAUUAACAACUAGUAUGGAAAAACUCCGAGUUGACCAGGAGAUUGACCGAAAAGAUUUAAAAAUCAAAUUGGACGUCAGUAAUACAAAGCAAGAUUUUUUGCAGGUUACCAAAUACUCCAAAACGCCUUUCAUAUGGGAUUCGGAAGCAAAAAACAUACAGUCACCCACAGUUCAUAUUGUUCUGGGCGACCAAACUAAACUCCCCUCUAUAAAGACCAAGUUCAGCGUAUCUCCUUCAGUGACGAAAAGAGACGUCGUUUUAGCGUUCCCUGACGAUCCAGAGGAGUCCAGCUCGCAGACUUUUUCUUAUAAAAUAUGGUGGAGGAAUCCGUUGGAUAAUUUGGUCUUUAGUGUGGAAUGUGACAACAGUACAAUGAAUACAACAUCACAUGUAGUGUAUGUCAAAAAAGACAGUAUCCCUACCGCUGGUAACCACGGAUGGUCGAAAGUGAUCGUCCCCAGUGACUGGACUGAUGUUGGUUUCUCGUGUCUCCUUCCAAUGAAUUUCUGCCCAGGACCAUGUUUGAUCUAUUUUUCAGUCCAUGUUGCAUCAAUUCCCAAACCAAGGACUUCUAGGCGUCGCCGAUCUGCUUACAACGGCACCUCAACUGCAACUUACCGUAUCAGUGGCUGGACCACAGGGUGUCGAGUAUGGGAUGGAGGGAAAUGGGACAAGACUUCAUGCCAGUUAACUUCGGAAACUAAUGGUAAAGAGACGGUUUGUGAGUGUAAAAAUCCUCCAGGAGAUAACUUUGCCACAUCCUUCUUUGUUCCUCCCAAUUCUAUCGAUUUUUCCACGGUCUUUGAUAAAUUUGACAUCUUGGGAAACGGUGCAGUGUUUGGUACAGUUACGGCUAUCAUUGUACUUUAUCUUAUUGGUCUUUUGAUAGCGCGGCGUUAUGACAAGAAAGAUCAAGAAAAGUGGAAACUGUUGUACAUGAAUGACAACCUGAAGACAGACAAAUUCGUAUAUCUGGUUACCGUUUACACCGGACUAUCUAGGAACUCUGGAACCAAAAGUAACGUCAGUUUCGUCAUGACUAGUCACCUAAGGGACACCGGGGUCCGGCAUCUCACUGACGGAGUCAAAAAGGGUUUCGAGACUGGAAGUGUUUGUACU